GGGGCGGGAGGACCCCGGGCAGCGGCCGUGCCCCGGUGAGGGACGGCUUUGUGCUCCUCCGGUGCAGGAUGAAAAUGGCCUCUCGGCGGAUCACACGGGAGAGCUUCGAUGCCGUGGUGCAGGACAAAGUGAAGCGGUACCGCGUGGAGCGCGGCGAGGGCAUGCAGGACUCCAUCCAUCCCUUCAAAGCCCACUCCAGGCCGGUCCCAAGGCCGAGGUUCGGUGACGCUUUCCACGACGAUGGGAGGUACCCCCACGAGAGCAGCCAGCACCACCCCCAUGACGACUGGAGCCAGGAGCCCCGGGAGGACUACCCAGGGCCCUCCUACAGACCUGCCAGCCCUCUCCUGAGGAAGGACAACUACUACCACGAGCAGUACGGCCGCCCAGCGCCUCGGGACCGGGACUAUGGCCGCCCAGCGCCUCGGGAGAGGGACUAUGGGCACCCAGCCCCCCGGGAGAGGGACUAUGGGCACCCAGCUCCCCAUGAGAGGGACUAUGGGCACCCAGCUCCCCGGGAGAGGGACUAUGGGCACCCAGCUCCCCACGACCAGGAGUACGGGGGCCUGGAUCCUCAGGAGCAGGACUAUGGCCCCGCCGACGCCUGGGAAUCCCCAGGAGCACACGAAACGGAGUUCAGCUCUUCGGACAUCUUGGGAGACUUUCGAUCCCCAGGGCUGAUGGAGGAGGACUUUGGCAGCAUGGAAGGCCAGGGCUACGAGGGGGACUUCGGGCCGCAGCCCGCCAGCGAGUUCCGGCCCCCGCUGCGCAGGGGCGGCAGGGGCAGGGUGCUGCGAGGCAAGCGGAUCGCCAGGGGGGUUGUCAAGGCCAAGCUCUUCAAAGGAGAGCUCAACCCCCACCUCAGGAAGUGGGGCACUAAAAAGCUGCCCCCGGGCCCCGAGCAGAAGCCGGGGCCGGAAGGCGACCAAACGGCAGAGACCUCGGAGCGCGCCAGCCAGCGGCCGGCGCCCGUCCAGCGCCACGGCCCCAGGCCGCCUCCCCGGCCGCCCCAGAGGCCAGCCCUGGUGCCGGGCCAGAGGCCUAUCCUCAGGCUGCCAAAGCCCGCCCACGCUUUCAGAAACCUCAGCCUGGAGCUGGUGGACAAGUCGGACAUCUUCUCCACCUUCGGGGUGGAGAUCAUCAAGUGGGCCGGCUUCCACGCCGUCAAGAGCGACGCCGAGUUCGCCCGGCUCUUCGGAGCGCUCUUCGAGCUGGAGACGGAGACCUGCGCCAAGAUGCUGGCCUCCUUCAAGUGCUCCCUGAGGCCCGAGCACAGGGACUAUUGCUUCUUCACCAUCAAGAGCCUGCAGCACGCCGCCCUCAAGACCCCCAAGGUGGACAACGAGUUUCUGAACAUGCUGCUGGCCAAGGGCGCCGUGAAGACCAAGAACUGCUUCUUCGAGGUGAUCAAACCCUUUGAUAAGUACAUCAUGAGGCUGCAGGACCGCCUGCUGAAGGGGGUGACCCCUCUGCUGAUGGCCUGCAAUGCCUACGAGCUGAGCCUCAAGACCAGCGGCUUCGGCAACCCCAGGGAGCUGGCAGCAGCUUUCGAGACCACUGUCUCCCUCUGCCGUAAGUCCCUGGCGCUGCUGGGGCAGACCUUUGCCCUGGCCUCUGUUUUCAGGCAGGAGAAAAUACUUGAAGCUGUAGGGCUCCAGGAGAUGGCUCCAGCACCCACACUCUUCCCAAACUUCGAUGACUCGACCUUGUUUGGAAGGGAGUACAUUGAGAACUUGAAGGCUUGGCUGGAGAAGAGUGGGUACCCGAUCCAGAUGAGGGGCGCCCAGCCGGAGGGCCCCCAGCCGCCUCAGACGGCCUCCCCCGACACCACAGCCCCACAGCGAGCAGAUCCCAAAGUGCUGGAGACAAUUGAGGAGCUGGUGAGCAGCAUUGUGUCAGGAGCCUUGUCUGCCAAGGAGAGGAGUGCUCAGAAGAGCUGCCCUGAGUACUGGUUCCUGUCUGCUGAGGACAGUCUGGAAUACAAAUACUACAGGCUGAGGCUGGCAGAGAGGCAGAGGAGGGCAUCAGCUGGCAUGGCAGAGGGUGCUGAGGGCAGGGCACUGGAGGAAGCUGCAACAGAAUCAGUCAGGGCCAUGCUGUAUGCCAGGAAGGUUGCAAGCAUCAAGAGAAGGCUGUUCAAGAGGAAGAGGCCUGGAACUGCCAGCCCACGAGGUGCUGGGGGCAGGAGGGUGAGGAGGACAACCACAGGCACUCAGACUGUGCUGUCAGCUGGCACUCUGCUGAAGCACCAAGAGCAGCCCCUGCAGGGCUCAGCCCAGUCAAAACCUUCUGCAGCACAAACCAGCCUGGCUGAGAAGAAUUCUUCCCUCCAUCCAACCUCCUCCUCCUCCUCACAGUGUGCCACCAGCUCAGAGCUCUCUCUGCGAGCAGAAGAAAAGGCAGAACCUGAGGAUUUAUUGGCCCCACCUGACCUUUUCCCACCACUGUCCUCCCAGUUUCCUGAUGUGGAUGCUAAAACAAUGGAAACUGCUGAGAAGUUGGCCAAGUUUGUUGCUCAGGUAGGGCCAGAAAUCGAGCAGUUCAGCAUAGACAACAGUGCAGAUAACCCAGACCUCUGGUUCCUCCAGGAUCGGAACAGUUCUGCUUUCAAGUUCUACAGGAUGAAGGUCUAUGAGCUGUGUCCCUCCAUCAACUUCAGUGCUGUGGCAGAAGCAGCUGAGGCUGGGGAAAGUGCUAAACCUGAAGAGAGAAACUUGGAUGUCUCAGAAGAGGAAGAGGAGGAGGAGGAAGAAGAAGAAGAAGAGGAGGAGGAGGAGGAAGAAGAGAAUGAGGAGGAAGCUGAGUUUGAGGAGGAUAUCUCCCAGCCUUUGGAAGAGAUGGAGCAGGCAGAGGAGGGAGAAGAGGAUGACGUGGCAGCAGGUAGAAGUGUGGCAAACCUAGCUGAGGAGAUGGUUUCCAGAAGAGGAGAGGAGACUGCAGCAGGGGAAGUGCAGCUGCCCCCCGGCUCUGACGGUGCUGUCCCCACUCUGUCGACACAGGCGGCCAGCCCUGCGCCCGGGGCCCCCUUCCCCCGCAAGAGAAUCAGCAGCAAGUCCCUGAAAGUUGGCCUGAUCCCUGCUUCCAAAAGGGUUUGCCUCAUAGAGGAGCCAAAAGUGCAUGAACCUGUCAGGAUUGCUUAUGACAGACCUCGUGGCUGCCCAGUUACAAAGAAGAAGAAGAAGCCCAAGGAUUUGGAGUUCCCCCACAAGAAGCUGACCAACAGGAAUGUGGGCUUCCAGAUGCUGCAGAAGAUGGGCUGGCAGGAGGGCCAUGGCCUUGGGACACGAGGAAAAGGAAUCAGAGAGCCUGUAAAAGUGGGUGCUACAUCUGCAGGGGAGGGCUUGGGUGUUGCAGGGGAAGAGAAUAAAGAAGAUGCAUUUGAUGUUUUCCGUCAGAGAAUGAUUCAAAUGUACAGGCAGAAAAGAGCCACUAAGUAGGUAUGUGCCCUCCAAUGCCUCCCACAUUACCACCAGGCCCUCUGGAGCCUUCCUUUCCCCAGGGAGCCUCCCUGCUGCCAGGAGUCUCUCUGGCUUCUUGACCUUUCCUGAGAGCCCAGCCCUGCGGUGCACUGCUCUGAGCUGCUCGGUGGCCCCAGCUCCUCCCUCCUGGGCUUGGCUCAGGAGAGUCCUUGGCUAGGAAGUGCCUGGAUGUGCAGAGGCUGCUGAGGGCAAGGCUGGGGCAGCAUGUGCCAGGCUGCAGAAAGGUUUUGUGCUGUGCUUGGUGGACUCCAAUCCUAAUGUAUGAAAACCUUUCCCCAGGACCAAAGUCAGUCUUGUGUUGGAUUGUGCUAACAGCUUGGAUGUCACCUGCUGAGGAGGAGCCAGCUCAGCUUGCUCUCAGGAGUGCCUCUGUCCCUCUCCCUUUGGCCUGGCUGUGAUGAGCUGCCUGGCCAAAACAUGGAGUAAAGCAAGAGGAGAAGGCAAGCUGAGCAGCCUGGCUUGGCUCUGGUCCUUUCUGGAGCCAAGAAUCUUCUUCUCCCAGUCAGAUCUUCCUGCAGGGCAGCUGAGAUUCUGGUUUAGUGCAUUUCAUUGAUGGGCUAAACCUUCUCCUCUGCUUCUGGAGUCUUCACCAAGCAGUUCCCUGCACACACCAGUGGUAAGAAGAGGCUCUCCCUGUGUGCUGCCUUUGUAGAGGGUUCCAGUGUAGGAUGAAUGAGUUCCUGGGAGCAUUGCAUUCUUCCUUCAGGACCUCAGCUGCCAGGGGUUCCUCCUGGCAGGGAGCAAGCAGCCCACCUUUGCAGUGGCCUUGGGGCUCUGCAGCACUUUGCAGCUCUCCUCCCACCAGUCCUUGAGCAGUUCCUUGGCUUCUCCAAAGCUUAAGCCAUGAGAAGGUGCAGUUCCUGUGCCUGUGAAGGAAGCACUUGGCAGGCAGAUGUCUGGAAGCCAUCUGGAAGUGGAUCUUCAGUUUCCUAAGAGCAUCAGCUCAGAGCCAUUGCUGUUUCUGUUCAACAUUUGCUGCUUUUGUUGAAACAUCCCCAGGAGUGAGACCAAAAACUUCUGCUCUGAGGGCACUGUUCCAGAAUGUGCUGCAGGAGAGGAUUGGGCUCCUGUGUGCUGCUUGGGGAAGCAGCUCUGAGGCCAUGAAGGAUUUAGCAGCAGUGUUGCCACCACCCAGCAAGCAGCCAAGGUCUUGAUCAUUCAUCUCCUCCCACCUUGAGGGCCUGGGAGGGGGUUGCUGUGUGUGGCAGCAGCUCCCAGCACACUUCUUGGUGCACUCCUCCUCCCUCACUCCCUUCCCAGCACUCUUCAGAAGCCUUCCCUUGAACAGGAUCCUUCCAGAACUUCCUUCUCUGGAGUUCUCCUCUUCAGAGCUGAUCUUGAGCUGCUGCUGCAUGUUUUGCCUGCCAGCAGUCAGUGUUGUCUUGCUGAUGUUCCUGCAGAGCAAGGAGCCUGUGGUAGAGCACUCAGAGCAGCCCACAAGCAGCACCUCAGGCUCCUCACUGACAAAUGCUCCAGCAGAGGUCUUCUCCAGUUCCCACCUGGCCUGUGCCUGCUGGCUGGGGAGCCAAAUGCCAUCCCUCUGCACCCACACCCCUGCUGUCUUCAUGUGCAGGCUGUCAGGGACCAGUUUGAGUUGAUGAGGUCAAGUUAGAGAUUUUCUUUACUGCCUGGAGAGUUUGCAACCAGGAGAGGCAGAGCCCCAGGGCAGGGAACUUCCUGAGUCACUUUGAGUUGCCUUGAAGCACUCCAGCCCCAGGCCAAGCCC